CUCUAACUGAGCUGUAUUUGUUUAACAUAAAGUGGAGAGAUUCUGGGACAGCUGGGGAGGAGUGUGGUGGACUAGGAGUUUGGGAAACAGCCUUUGAGUCUUACUCAGAUUUCCUCCCUGCAAUUUCAAUAUCUGUUGCUGCAAUCUGCCUGCUCUGCAGGGGCUGUGGACGAAAUUUCAGAUGUGGCUUCCUGAUGCUGUUAAAAGAAGCCAGCUGCCACAUUGCUGAAGGCCACACCAGCUUGAGUUGGAACUACUCUACACCUGCUCCUGGAAGUUCUUGCCACAGUGAUUUGUGAUAUGCCGAAAGAGGAUUUGUGGCUAGGGACAGCUGGUCAAGAUUCUGGCAGUUGUGACAGCAUGGUUAGCACUAACUCAAGCCACUCUGAAUUUAGCGAUAACAGCUAUGACUACUUAUCUGUGGAGGAAAAGGAAUGUUUGAUGUUCCUAGAAGAAACUAUUGAUUCUCUGGAUACGGAAGCAGACAGUGGGGUUUCUGCUGAUGAGAUAGAUUAUGCUGAACGUUCUAAGCUCCCCAGAACAUGGCCGAAGAGAGAUGUUGUUCCAAAAAAUUUGGACAGUGGGUCUCCCACUGAAAGUUUUGGUCAGCGACAUGAAGUAGAACAAAAGGGUGAUAAACAUGGAUCUCUUCUCUCAAGUUCUGCUCCAGUGGGGGUUACAAGCUCAGGCUACCGCAGUCUUCCAAGGAGUGUGAAUGCAGGAAGUGCACAAACAACCACCAAGAUUUCUGUCAGCAAAGCAGCUGACCUCCCCAAUGGUCCAAGUCGAACAGCUCAAGAACCAGGGAAAUCUUCAUGGAAGAUGCCCAAGAAAAGGGGGGUUGAGGACAAGUCAAAUCACCAGCCCAGCAUGAGUACUCAGAUAAAGCCAUCAAACUUGGAGUCUGUAAUUAUCUGUCCUCCUGAACCCUUCCAGGAUCCCAGAAGCAAGGGGUCUGGCAAUGGCAGUGAAGAUGAGCUACUACCUAAUAAUUUGGAGACAAAGGGAAAAGCUGAGGAAGCAAUGGGGAAUGAAGCUGAAGUUGCAUCACAGCAUUCUGCUCUAGAGAAUGCAAGGCUGCCACUGAAAGAGGAAAAGAAACCUUGUGAGAAGGGGAGAGAGAGCGCCCCUGAUCUUCAAGACAACCAAGAGAAAUCACCCUCAAAAGAAGCUUCUCUGGAUUCAAACAUCAAGCUAGGGCCCCCCACAGCCCCAAAGCCAAGAAAACUGCCACCAAAUAUUAUCCUGAAACCUAGCAAAAUCAGCCCAGCACCACUCAUAGACCCCAAUCACAAUAGAAAAGUGCUUUCUCCAUCUUCACCCAAGCACAAAUCCAACACCAGUGACUCUUCUGUGGAAAAGCAGGAAAGGGCCAGGUGGGAGGCGUUGGAGAAGUUAGGACUCCUACAUGAUAAAGGAAGGGAAUCUAAAGUCCAUGUUGUCAGACCACCUACUGCUCCCAAACCAAACCGUGUCCUCAUUCCUAGAGCUGGUAGUAGGGAUAACUUAAACAGUGAUGAUGUUCCUGUGAAUGGGAAACCUGACCAAAAACAUGCUUCAGAUUUACAUCCAGCAGAGAGCACUGCUCCUAGCUUGAGGCAGACAAUCAAAUCCAACUCCUUGGAGCGUUCAGGCAUAGGUCUGAGCAGCAAAGACCAGAACAUGGACAGCAGCUCACUUGGCAAAACAUCAGCCCUUAAGAUGGCGGCUCCCAGUGAUAUCAGGAAUAACCGAACACGCCCAGCUUCCCUCGGCACAAGGGAAGACUUUAUCGAACUCAAAGCAUCCAAAACUGAUAACGAGGAGCUGGGGAAAAGUGACAAUCGCAAAUCUUACCCGUUGCUGAAGUUUCCCCGGCCUACUUGUGUCAGUGUAAAAAUCACCCCUAAAGGAGCUACAGAUGAUAACCGGCGGGAGGCUCUGAAAAAACUUGGCCUACUGAAGGAAUAAACAAUCAAACACUUUGUGCAAAUUCACUUAUGUUUUUAUGCUAUGAAUACAGGAACUUCUGUCCUUCCUCUUAAGCAAAAUGGGACAAAAACUGUGUGGGUGAAUACAGCAAAGUUUGUAACAGGGUUCUAGGCACACUUAAAUUAAUUCUGCACACUCUGAACUGGCAAUAUGAAAAAUGAGCAUCUUCACAGUUUGAUUUCUACCCCUCCAGGGCCUCAGGAGGGCAGGCCUGAAUCAAUACGGCCAUCAGAAUUAUUCAAAGUGUCAUGCUAAAUAGACAUCACAUGUAUAUAGUGUAUAUAAUUAUUUAUAUGUAAUGGGAAUAAGUAUAUGGAUGGGAACAUUCCCCUAAAUGUUUAUUGCAUUUGCUCCCCUAAAUGUUCGCUGUUUGCAAACCAUGAACUCCUGGCAUGUGGUGGCUGAAUAGGGUUGGGGGAGCCAAUUUGGGAAAGACAGGAUGGCAGGAUUUGGCUCAGGUAGGUCUGUGUGUGUCUCAUUAAUAGAAAACAUUUAUUCAAAGCUUUCUGGGACCUGAUCAUCAUGUUGGGCACAUGCACGUACCUCUUGAAGCCAAGGGGAGCGAUGCAUAUGCAACUGCCAGUGUGAUCAGGACCUGGAUAUUUUAGCCUAGAUAGCAGUGAGGAGUAAGUGUGCCUGAUGCUGCUCUGCGUGAAAGAUGACUGGCAAUAGAACUCGUAUAGGUAUCCGAUUCAGAACUGCUGCCAAAUAUGAGGAAAAAUACAAGUGAGUAGAAAUUGGUGGUAGUUGUUGUUUUGUUGGUUGCUUUCAUGAACUCUUAUCUGACAUCUGGUUUAUUGUAUCCAGCUGUAUGAGCAAACUACUGAUGCCUUGUCAUCAGGUUUUAUGUUAUGCACCUUUUAUCUUAGAGGUUUUUUAUUUUGGUAAUAAACUAUUAUAAAUGGCCAAAUGACAACUGUGUAUUUGUGGAUUUUCUCUUUAAAAGACAGUAUGUUUCAACAAUAAAGUGUUGGGGAGAGUGGGAAGAACACGU